UAUAUGAUGUAUAUAUACAGUCUUUUGCGACUGUCAUCAAAGUCUUAUUUAUACCAUGAGCGUUUCGCUGUAUGUUGAAGCAUCUUCAGUGGUCAGGUUUUUUCGUUUCCUACUUUGUACUUAACGUUGAUCUACACACAGGGGCGACUUCUUCUGUGUUUCAGAGUUUUGUUAAAUAAUGGAAUCCCAAAAAGCACUGUGUGAAGUGUGCGGUAAAACUUUUAUGUUCAGGAAGAAUUUGUACAAACAUAUGAGACAUUGCCACGACAUGGACGUAAAUUUAAAUCUGGAGUUUUAUGAAAUAAUGGAAUCUCUAAAAGCACUGUGUGAAGUAUGUGGUAAGACUUUUACGUUCAGGAAGAAUUUAUACAAACAUAUGCGAAAACGACACAAUGUCGAUGUAAAUAAUAAGGAUAAAGAGAGGUGUAAGAUUUGUGGCAAAAUGUUUUCGAGCGUCGCAGCACUACGUCGUCACAUCAGAAUACACAGUAUAGCAUGCAGAAAGGUAUCGUGCACAGAGUGUAAUGAUUUUAUGUGCCGUUCGAUGCGAGACCUAAGAAACCAUCUAGAAUGUCAACAUGGAAUUAAGAUUAAAAGAGAAGAAAUGGAGUUUGAAUCUAUGGAACAGUUCCUUCAGUGGAAAAUAAAGAUGGAAGGUGAAAAGUGUGUCUCAUUUGUAAAGAAAGGUGGUGGGAUAAUAGACCCAGAGAAGUUCAAAACUUAUUAUUUCUGCCACCGUUCAGGAAAUGUCAUAAAAUCAGGUAUGGGCCUAAGGCUGAGGGGGCCGUCAGUCAAAAUUGGCCGCACGUGUCCUGCAUCUUUGAUAGUGACAAAGAUGCCAUCAGGAAAAGUCAGUGUCCAGUUCUAUGCGACACACACAGGCCACAACUUCUCUGUGGGUUCACUGCACCUCACUCCUGCUGAUAGAGCAAUGGUUGCUGACUUAAUUGCAAGUGGACUAUCAGACACAGAAAUUUUAAAGAAAAUAAGAGAUGGUGCCCAUGACAGUUGCUUUAAAAGGGUGCAUAUGUUAAAAAGGAAAGACAUUUAUAAUAUAAAAAAACAGUAUAAACUAGAUACUUCUUUAAAUAGGAAAGAAGUAGUUAGUGUGGAACAGCCAUCAUCAGUUAUCAACAUUGAGAACUUGCAAACUGCAGCACAGAACAGAUGUCAGCUGCUAAAAGAAAUUAUGGCAAGUGUUGGCAAUGAAAACAUUGGUCAUUAUAUUGAGUCACUGGACAGACUAAUACGACAAGUCGCUGUAACUAUUGCAUCUCAGAAACAGAAUUUUAGUGGUAGACAAGAACUCCCUGGACCUCUACAUGACCAUACGUAUGUCUGACCCAUUAGUUCCCAUAACAAUUUUUGUCUGAUUUUAAAAAUUCUUACUAUUUUGUUGUCUUAUCUUAGUUAAUUACAAAAUUGUUAUUAAGAUAAAAUUUAGAUAAAUAAUGCCCACAGAACAGAGCAACAAUGAAUGUGGGCAGUGGGAAUAGGUUAAAAUUUCUUGUUAUAACCAGCUUUUGUGAUACUUAAUUUGAAUUCAAAUAUUUAUUCAGUGCUGUUUGCUGAUAAACAACACUUAAACAUUUCUUGUUGUUCUUCCAAAAAAAUAUUUUAUACUUUUAAUGGACAAGAAAUCAAAUUUCAGAGUCAUUAUUAUUAUUAUUAUUAUUAUUGUUAUUACAAAUAUGAAGUGGAAGUACUAAAAAAUUAUAAGAUACACUUGCAUCAUUUUGCAUGCUGAAAGCUUUUGAAACAAUGAAUACGGCACCCGACGCCACAUUUUUUACAUACAUUAUUUGAACAAAAAGCACAUCGAAUUUGGGUUGAGUACAUUAUUUUUUCCAUCUAACACCACUUCGUCAGCCACAUUCCACUUUCUUUUUGACUUCUCUAAGUUCUUCAGGGGACAAUCUUCUAAGAUUACUUUGACGAUAGCCCAGAUGAAACCCAACAUAUAAAGUCCAAGUUCACCUGCUUUGCAUCUAGGAGUCUGUCUGUACAGCAGCCACUCUUAGUUCAUGCUGCAGUUUAAGAGAGAUUCUAGUAAUAGCCAAUACGAUUUGAUUCCUAAUGCUUAUGCAAAGGCAGCAACAUCUUGAGUGGGACAAUCCUCCCCUCCCAUCUACGUAAUAGAAGAUGCAAUAUGAACUGGUUGUGGUACUGUUAUUUCACUUUUAUCUGCAUUUGACCAUCUGUUAGCUGAACAUCAGCUUAUGUUAACCUACAUUAAUGACAUUAUUGUUAUUAUACUGUACAAUAGUAAUCUCUGAGUUCAGAUCAUUUAUCUGAUGGGAAAAAAAACACAUUCUUGUUUUUUUUUCAUGAAGUUGCAUGUAAGGAUAGAAGCACCAUCUACUCUUUUUCACUCUAACAGUUCCUGUUCAGUCAUGACCCCCCCCCCCAUUCUUUUUAGGGUUUCUAGAAACCUGAGAAAGGUAAAGAAAUUAUCAAAGUAUACACUGUAGGUAUUAUGAUCUGAUUGAUCACAAACUGAUUUCCCUACGCCUAAUGAUGGCAUUGUUACCUGCACAGACACCUUGAUAAAAUGUGCCACAUAUCCCAGAAGAGUGCAUAAACUCCACACUUUAUAGCCAAAAUGCACAGGUUUGCCAUGUGUCUGCUGUUUUUUACUGUGAUGAGCAAAUUGGGGAACAAUACUUUCAUCACUACUCAAAUUAGCGUCCUGAAGGAAAGCAUUAAAAAACAUUUAGCAUGUACCACAAAGAUUUAUCUUGGCAAACUUUUCAUUGGAUUCAAGUCUAGAGUUGUCACAGGCAUGUAAAUAUUUCAAAAUAUCUGUAAACUUCUUCCUGCUAAAACUUUUGAGACUCCUGGAGGAUGAGAAUUACCGGACCCUUCCAAAUACAUUCUACAGGAGAUAGCAUUAUAACCGCUAAGAAACAAAAUACCAAUGAAAACUUUUGUAUCACUUUCAGUAACCUCACCUACACAUUUACAUUUUCUUUGGCAAAAUUUUAGUACAAGAAGUAAUGAAACAAACAUCCUCAUUAAAAAAUAUUUCAGAUAAUAGCAAAAGAGAAAAGUCUUUCUGUAGCCAUUGUUUUUGGUUCCAUGUACAUUCUGGAGUCAAAGGAAUGGCCUGCUUCCACAAGCACUUGGAUGGCAGCUGCGAUUUAUUUUUUGCACCUAUCUUUGAGGAAAUUUCAGAAGUGAUUAUAGUAGACUCACUGUCCACAGAAGCCUUGCUUGGUGGUAGUUAUAACUGCAUAUCUACUGGAAAACAUACAUUGUCUAUUUCUUCAUUUACUUCAUUACUUUCAUCAGAUGACUGAUUUCAUACUCUUAAUCUUCAGGAGUGCAGUGCUCAUAACUUAGAUGAGUGUGUUCCAGUGGCUGUAAUAUGAUAUGUGCAUCUAUAAUCUAAUUCUUUUCCUCCAAAAUGACAAAGAUUUUGUCUAGCAUCAAUUGUUAUGAAAUAAAAUAAAAAAAUAUAUUAAUUUGGAGCAACCAUUCCCACCAUGGCCACUGCCCACAAAUAUGGGCAUGUACAAGGGUUAUUCGGAAAGUAAGGAAUGAUUGGUCAUGAAAUGGAAAAUAUAAUGAAAUCUGAUGGAGCUUUGCACAGAAGCGCUGGGCACAGUGUCUAGUACACCCGUCAGUCGCAUCGUGUCGCUCUUUUCAGUUCUGAGCUCACAGUGAGAACGUAAAGAUGGCUAGAAAUUAGCACCUCCCGCCAAGUAUGAGGGCCCGGUGAAAGAUUUUGCCUGAAUCUAUGCAAUCCACAUAACAUAACUGUCAUGUGGUUCGUUCUACAUGACAAUUCUCUGCCACACUCUGCACGGGCAAUGAUGAUGCUCCUGCAGCGUUUUCGAUUGGAAGUGUUUGAUCACCCACAAUACAGCCUGUAAUUGGCUACCCCUGAGGUUCAUCUCAGCUCAAAUGUACCGCUAGAUAUGAAGACAAUAUUUCGACACAGAGAACAAGCUGCAGCCCAGAGUAGAAGAUAGCUGGAAAGCACUGGCGGUUGUCUUCUAUAUUGAGGGAAUUGAAAAGUUGGUACAACUCUACGACAGAUGUCUAAGUCUGAGCGGCGAUUGUGUAGAGAAGUAGCUGGAAGGUGUAGCUAACCAUUGCAAAUAAAACAGUUUUGAUUAUCACUGUGGUUUCCAUUUAGUGACCUAUUGUUCCUUACUUUCUGAAUAGCCCUCAUAUGUUCUCGUGGGUAUUGUGAAAUACACAUUAUCAUUAUUGAAUAUUGACCCUUUUUAGUUGUUACAAUGGAUGCUUAUAAAUA